CUUUGUUCUUAAAUAAUAGCAACAAGGAAACGCAGUCAGACUGGGUUCAAAUCAGCAAAGAUGAGUCCGACUAAUCAAGGUUGUUUUCUCAGUGUGUUAGUGAGCAUCAGUCUCAUCAAAGGUCAGGUGACAUCCUGUGCCAUGUUUGAAUCCACACUGGAUGCCCACUGGGAGCUGUGGAAGAAGACACAUGGGAAGAGCUAUAAAAAUGAUGUGGAGGAUGCUCACCGCCGGGAACUGUGGGAGAAUAACCUGAAGAUGAUUACCGUGCACAACCUGGAGGCCUCAAUGGGACUUCACACCUAUGAACUGGGCAUGAAUCACAUGGGAGACCUGACAGAAGAAGAGAUCCUGCAGUUUUUUGCCAGUCUCACUCCUCCCACUGACAUCCAGAGGGAGCCAUCUCCCUUUGCGGGGGCAUCAGGUUCUGGCAUACCAGACACCAUGGACUGGAGAGAGAAGGGUUGUGUCACCAAAGUCAAGAUGCAGGGUGCUUGUGGAUCUUGCUGGGCCUUCAGUGCUGCAGGGGCCCUGGAAGGCCAGUUAGCCAAGAGUACAGGAAAGCUGGUGGAUCUCAGUCCUCAAAACCUGGUGGAUUGUUCCGGCAAAUAUGGUAACCACGGCUGCAACGGAGGCUUCAUGACCCGAGCUUUCCAAUAUGUCAUCGACAACCACGGAAUCGACUCUGAUGCUUCAUACCCGUAUACAGGACGCGAUGAGCAAUGCCACUACAACCCAGCAACUCGUGCUGCCAACUGUUCCAGUUACCAGUUUCUGCCUGAAGGGGACGAGAACGCUCUGAAGCAGGGUCUUGCUACCAUUGGACCCAUUUCAGUGGCAAUUGAUGCUAGGCGGCCCAGAUUUAGUUUCUAUAGAAGUGGAGUGUAUAAUGACCCAUCGUGCACACAAGAGGUGAAUCACGGUGUGUUGGCUGUGGGCUACGGCACUCUGAAUGGACAAGACUACUGGCUCGUAAAGAACAGCUGGGGAGCAACCUUCGGAGAUCAGGGAUACAUCCGGAUGGCACGCAACACAGGCAACCAGUGUGGCAUCGCUUUGUAUGCCUGCUACCCCGUUAUGUAACUGCAGAGUGCACUGAAGUUUGAUUUUUAAAUCUUAAUAUAAAAUGAGUAACAGUAGGGUGGACAUUAUGUAAGGCAAAAUGUUUUUGCAGCGAUCUCGUAUAGAAAACUAUUUCACGCGUAUAUAAAACAGGUCCGCGGCUCCGAACCGUAGUAAAGGGACCUCUGGCUAAUACGUCGGGUUCCGAGUCGGGCUCGUAACCGGAAACUAGCUUUACUUUGUUGUCUGUAUUCUGAAUACCACCCUUUUAAACUGUAACUGUAACAGAAUACAGUUACUCAUAUUUUGUAUUUUAAAUACGUAACAGCGGUACAUGUAUUGCAUUACUCCCCAACACUGUGGAUAUCAUUAACUACUAAAUCAGGGGGUAACGAGAAGUACAGAUGUCUGUCCAAGGCUAUAAGGUUUCAUUAAAAAUAUGUGUAUAUCUAUUGUAAAAAGUUGUGAUGUUACCGCAUGUUUAGCGCUGGACAACUGUAUAUUUUUUGCCUGCUGCUUUGUUGUUUAUAUGAUAUUAUGUAAUCUGACUCGAUAUAAAAAUAAAACAUAUUCCAAAAAUCUGGUUCCUUAUUCACAAAAUAAUGAACACGGAAUUAUAAUAUUGAAAUUUAAAGGUGUCAUGGUGCUGUGUAUGUUACUGAACAUUUAUGUUUUUCGACUUUUGGCCUUGUUUUCUUACAAUGGUAGUGAUUUAUGUUUUUUAGUCCUUUUCUGGUUUCCUGGUUUAAUCAUUUACAUUUCUGGUUCUUAAUUACUUUUAGUUAGUUCCGUUUCGUUCCCUCUCGUUUGCCUUUGUGUAUCUUUAUUGUGUGAGUUUCCCUUUGUCCCUCGUCAGAUCCUUGUCAUGUUCAUCAUCCCUCAUGUUUCAGGUCUCAGGUUUUCUUGUUCCAGGUACCUUGUGUUUAGUUUUCACAGUUUAGUUUUCGUUGGUUUAAUCUUAGUCUACCUUUUGCUUUGGUUGUAUUUUGUGCAGUCAAAAAUAAAAAGCUCACUUUUAUUUUUGACUGCAGUCCUCCUUAGUCUGCAUUUGGGUCCACACUCUCUCCACUCCCCACACAGUCUGCCAUCACAGACCUGACAAAAGGGGGAUAUGUAUUUAUGUGAACAUGCCUGGGAUGUUGAGGGUUUUAACUGGUCAAGUACUGAAUUGUGCAUGUUAUACAGCAUUUUUGUUAAAUAAAAAAGAAGUUUAAAAGGAAGCCUUGGUUUCGUAAGGGUGUUUUCUUG